CCGUCACAAAUGCACAAUAUAUUCAAUUGACACCACAUAAAAGAGAUGAUUUUCUCAGCUCGUUUAUUCAGUGACUUGUAAGUUUUUGUGCUGAUUUAUAUUUACACGAUAACUGAAAAUGAAAAUAUUCGCUGUUAUAAUUGCUGUUUGCUUUGUUGGUGCUGUAGUAGCUAUAGGCGAUCUCACUGAAGAAGAAAGAGUAAAGCUUGACGAACACGCAAAAGCUUGUGUAAAUGAAACUGGUUUUUAUGACACCAACGCUGACACAGGCAAGAAAGACAAAUGGAUAACGUACGGGUUUAAACUUCAGUGUUACUUCUCUUGCAUGCUGAAGAAAAUGAACAUCAUGAAUGAGGAUGGAGCAUUGAACGAAGAGAUGAUUCGCAAGAAGAUGGCCGAUGAGUUGCCAGCAGACCAAAUUGACGUCGUUUAUACGAAAUGCAAAGAUUUGAAGGGCGCGAAUAUGUGCGAGACUGCCAUGGUGAUAAUGAAGUGUUACGAUGAUGAAAGAGCCUUACUAAAGCCAACUGAAAAGAGCGUUUGAUUUAUUUUUUUUUCUUUAUGCGACUAUACAAUGCUGCCAAUGAAUUGUGUCUACUGUAUGCUUUGAUUUUUGUUUAUUCUAUAAAUCAUUAGUUGAUAAUAAAUGAGUAGAAAUUUUUGCUUUAAA